UGUUGAGCCUAAAAGCUACAAGCAGCUGCAGCGCCGCUUCCUGAUGUAACGCCACAGCUUUGCUUAGACUUCUGCCUAUUCCAAACCUUGCUUUUUUUUGCAUCACUUGCCCUAUGUUUUGGUUGCACCAAUGCCCCUGUAAGGAAACAUGUAUUCAACGCUUAACUUCUCCACUUUUGACGACUCUAACCUGUCAAGUGUUGACCCUCAUAGACUGCAGGAGCUGACACACCGCUCCGUCAAAAUAAGCAUAAUUAUCGUUUUGGGUGUGAUGAUCACUUUGGGAAACAUUGCAGUCCUCCUAGUUAUUACUUCAUCCGUGGCUGGUUGGUCAAAGAACUCCCGGUACUUCCUGCUCUCUCUCACCGCUGCAGACUCAGCGUUUGGGCUGCUGGUCAUGCCCUUGAAUCUGUGGGUGAGCCUGCUAAAGGACUAUACUGAAGGGCCAGACGCCUUUUGUCACGUCGUGGCCUUUUGUAACGCCACCGUCUACUCCACCUGCAUGUACACGCUGGCCAUGAUAAGCCUGGAGAGGUACAUUGCAGUGUUUUACCCGCUGCAAUAUUCCUCUCUGUUGACUAGAAAAAGGACACUGCUCCUGAUAGCCUUCGCCUGGUGCUUCCCGCUCUUUCUACUGUUGCCAAUAUCAUUUCCAGUUGGGUUUAUCGAGGUUCAUUUUUCUACUGCAUCCCUGGUCUGCAAUCCGUCCUACUCGACGAAUGCUGGAUACUCCCUCAGUUUGACAUGUCUGAUAUUUUUCCCCUGCUCCAUCAUCAUGACACACGCAAACCUGAGAGUGUGGUGUGCUGCAAAGAGACAGAGACUAAAACUGCGCAAAUACAACUGUACGCGUCGCAGCAGACACAAUGUGGCAUCCAGAGUGCUCGUGCCUGUGAUGGCAGCAUACUACACCUGUUGGACACCUUGCAUGGCAGCUAUGAUCUACAACGCAUUCUCAGGAAGCAGUGUACCAGAAUGGAUUGAGUUUGUGGUGGUGUGGCUGCCGACCUCCAAUGGUUUCCUCAACUGCAUCUUCUACUUUUGGAUAAACCGAAGCUUCCGCAGGAAAUUCCACCUUGUGCUCCAGAGGCUGGUACUGGCCGUCUGCCCCAAACUGGCUUACACCCUUGGGUGCUGCAACCCUUCAAAGACCCAGUUUGUGUCAGGAAUUACAGAUAAUAACAACAGUGUCCAUGAGCGUUCUUCCAGCGUAUCCUCCACCUGCACACUGUUGUCAUUGGCUUAGGAUGCAGGCACCUGAAGAGCACCACUGGCAUGGUAAGGGACGGGGUCAGUGACCUCUCUAUUUUCUGUCUUUCAUAUACUGAGGAAUGGGUCAGAUGAGUUGCAGUACAAAUGGGUUGGUACUAAGACAGGCUAUAAUGGCAAGCAAUUGAAUUAACCACUGUAUAGUCUAAAUCAUUGUAGUUCAAGGUAUAUUUAUUAUAUUUUUCUUAUUUUUUUUAUAUCAAUUUGCAGUCUAAACAUAGUGUUCAGUUGAGUGUGACACAGACUCAGUAUAGAACUUAUUUGGAUUUUUUUGUUUAACUACUUUAACAAUAUUGCCAAGAUUAGAUUUUUUUGUCGGACGGCCUCUUAAACCACCUUUUUAGUUGUUUUAUAAUUAGCCAUGUACCUUGUCUGUGCGUCAGAAAUGCCCACCAUUAUUCGGCAUACAGCUAUAUAAUGAGUCUUUUUAAAAGUGUCAGUGGUUGCAUAUUUAGACUUGUUGCCGCAGUCAUAUUUCACUUCAAACAUUUGAGGAUAUUCGAUUAGUUCAUCACAAGAAACUGAUAUUUAGACUUCUUUUCAUAUAAAAUAUUUGUGAACUAACAUCACUAUCUGAUCGUGAGCACUUUGAGGACUGAGGCCGUCUACCUCUUCUUCACUUCAAACAGUGCGUCUCAGACCUUUGCAUAUAACAGAUGGUAGAAGUUAACCUUUAAGUCAAGGCAUUUCAAUGUAUGCAAGGAGAAAAGUAAUUAUGCAGCUACACUGUAGAAAGGUCAACACAUUUGUGCCGUCAAGACAUAAUUUGGGUAACUUCUGAAGCUGCCGUUGUUUAUUUUUUAUAUAUUAAGCCCAUGAUCCUCUCAGUAUAUUCUAAUCGAAUAUGAAAUUGACAACGCCCAUGUCAUGUUUAUCUUAAUAGAUUUAACUGCCACAAUGAAGGUUUAUUUAGAUGUAAAGUUAAUCAACAGCAUUUUUGUAAUCUAAAGAAAUUUAAAUUCAGAAACUUUUUUUACAACUUUUUUAGCCCUUUGGGUUUCUGCUGUCACCAUCAUUCAUGUUUGUGCAGAUGCAAAUGAUUGCCCUCUCCACUGACUUGUGGAGAUUAUGUGAAUACUAAAUUAUGUAAAACCAAUGACGAACAAAAAAAAUGACCUUUAUAUUUAUACAUGUUGUUAUGUUUCUAAAGUCCACAUUUUAUGAUUGAAAAAUAUAACAUUUAAUAAUGUAUUGGUUUAUGGAUAAUAUGUGAAAUAAAGCAUCAUGCCUUUUGAA